AUGCUCGAACGAACAAAUGUACAGGCACCAGUGCAACUCGAACCUGAAGUUGGCGCAGUAGCGGAUGAUGACCACUGGCUAGCAGAGUUGAAAAACGAAGACCGCGAAUUGGAAAAUGCUGACAAACUGGAGUUGGCGACAGAACCGGAUACAAACGCGUCAUCUACAGAGCAGAAUAUGACCGAAGUGUAUGAGGAGCCAUUCAUUCGAGUAUAUUUUAGACCACUUUGCAAUGAAAGAAAUUGCUAA